AUGAUUAACUAUACAAGUAUUUUCGUUUGUUGCUUCUUGUCUAUUUGUCUGUAUGUAUGUUGGGAGCAACAGGCAACAGAAAUUAUUCAUUAUUUGUUUGAGAACUUUUCAGCACCAUUCGUAUCUAUCUAUCUAUCUAUCUAUAACAGUUUCUUUCUUUCUUUUUUUUCUUUCUUUCUUUCUUUUUUUUCUUUCUUUCUUUCUUUCUUUAUGUCUUUAUCUCUCUCAAUCUAUCUAUCUAUCUAUCUAUCUAUCUAUCUAUCUAUCUAUAACAGUUUCUUUCUUUCUUUCUUUCUUUCUUUCUUUCUUUUCUUUCUUUCUGUCUGUCUGUAUCGGUCUCUUUCUUCCUGUGUAUCAGUGUAUUUCUUUCUUUCUUUCUUUCUAAAUCUCUUUAUCUCUCUCUCUCUCUCUCUCUCUCUCUCUCUCUCUAUCUAUCUAUCUAUCUACCAAAAACGACCUGUGUCGGUUUCUAUCUAUCCAUCUAUAUCAAUUUCUAUCUAUCUAUCUAUCUAUCUAUCUAUCUAUGUUCAUAUGUAUUUCAGUCUGUUCAUAUGUAUCUAUCGCUCGAUCUAUCUGUCUAGGUUUAUUCAUAUCUAG